AUGGCAAAGGUUCCAGGAGAAUACAAGGACAAUGAUUCCAAUAAGACAGCACAGCCGCAGCUGGACGAAAAGAAAAACCCCAUGGCGGCUCGUGUGGGCCAUUUUGGGCCCACUAGCAAUAGCCACGGCAUCAUUGCGCAGGGCGAAGAUGCCGGUGAGGAGGGCGCACAUCCAAUCUGGACGUUCCAGCAUCCGUGGCAUGCUUCUGGUCUUCUUCGCAGCAAAGCUGACAGCAAGGGUGCUGGCAACUGUCCAGGGGUUGGCGGUUUCAUUACCGACUGUACCCAAGAAGGAGAGCAUGUUCAAGACAAUCACAUCUUGCGGAGCGAACUCGUGUCUAUCUUGGCGCUGCUAGGCCGCAAGUUCCUCGAGGAGGAGCUCCGGGGUUAUGCUAAAGCUCUGGCCAACCUGGUGAUCGGUAAAACGAAAAGUUGA